AUAUUGUGGCUAUAAAAAAAUCAGGAAAAUGUUAUAGGAAACGUAAUAUUUUGCUAUAAUUUUACUAAAAGUAUACAUCGUUGUAAUUAAAUAUUAAUAGGUAAUGUGUUGAUUACGCUAAUUGGUAUUUAAAAAAUAUUAAUUGUCCAAUCAUUUUCAUGUGGUUGUAAGCAAAAUUGUAGUCGGGCGACUUUUUUUUUCAUAAGAUCUGGGAUUUUUAUUCCAUAAUUAUCGGCAUAAUAAGGAAAUAGAGCAAUGUUUACAAACUGACAUAAUCAAUUCAAGUGAUAAGUGAUGAACAAACGUUUACAAUAAAAUUAUUACCGAAUACUAAUUACUGAGCCAGUAGCUGAAGCUGACCGAAAAACAAAUAACAAAAGAAAUGGAUUCCUCACAGACUUCAUCUUGUGAAAGCGAUUUAAAGCAAGUUAUGAAGUCUGAAGAAUGUGCAUGGACAAAUUUUAGAAAUACCUCUCACUCUGUUAGAAUACUACAAGGCUUACAAUUUCUACUCAAAAAUGAAGCUUUAUGUGAUAUUAAAUUCAAAACAGAUGAUGGAUGUAUAACAUUUGGUCAUAAAAAUGUUUUAAUGGCAGCUAGUCCAUAUUUCCAUGCAAUGUUCAGUAACUAUUUUAAUGAGAACAAAAACGAUUUUGUUAGUCUAAGAAAAUUAGAUUCCAAUGUUUUACAGCUAUUAAUAGAUUAUAUCUAUACUGGGGAAAUCUUGGUAACAAAAAAAAAUGUACAGGUUUUGUUACCAGCUGCAAACUACUUGCAGUUAGACUUUGUAACCAAUGCAUGUGUUGAUUUUUUACAAAAACAACUGGAUGUAUCAAAUUGUCUUGAUAUCAGAGUGUUUGCUGACUUACAUAACUGUACGGAAUUGUUAUCAAGUUCUGAAACAUUCAUAAAAAAAAAGUUUUUAGAUGUGGUUAAAGGUGAUGAAUUCCUAUUCUUGUCUUCUGAAGAUGUGAUUAAGAUUAUCUCCUAUAAUGACCUUGCUGUUACAUUUGAAGAAAAAGUAUUUGAAUCUGUUAUUAAAUGGGUAAACCAUGAUUUGGAUUUAAGAAAAGAUUUUUUGCCAGACUUAAUGGAACAUGUAAGAUUGCCACUAAUAAAUCUUGACACAUUAUUUACUAUAUCUGAAGAACCUCUUCUAAAUACAAAUCCUAAAUGUAAAGACUAUUUAUUUGAAGCAGUAUCUUUUAAUCUUCGAAUUGCCAUUCCACAAACGAUAAGAUGUAAACCUAGACAGUUUGGUGGUUCACAAAAGGUAAUUUUAAUGUUCAAAUUCUCAUGUUUAUCACCAAAAUGUACAACAGAAUGGUAUGACCUAGCAACUAAAAUACGGAAAAAUGGACCAGAGAUAAAUGAUUGUCAUAAGAAUGCUCGUUUUGUCGUAAUAAGAAAUCAGUGGGUGUUUGCUUUGGGAGGUGUGAAUCAAUCUGUUAGUUUGCUUAAUUUAUCCUCACAAUCACACUGUUGGGUACCAAUGACUGACAUGUUAGUUGUUCGAAGAAUUUUUGGAGUUUGUGUAUUGGAUGAUUGUAUAUAUGUAGUUGGUGGAAGUGAUGGCCUCAGCGCUUGUAAUAGUGUAGAGGUAUUUGAUAUCAGUAAACAAAAAUGGCGAAUGGUGUCGAGUAUGUUAAUUGCAAGAAGAUCUUUGGGUGUUGGUGUGCUCAAUAAUUGUUUAUAUGCGGUUGGAGGUGCUAAUAGUGUAUUUAUGCUGAAAUCUGUUGAACGUUAUGAUCUCAGACUUGAUGAAUGGACACCAGUUCCAGAAAUGUCUGUAUGUCGCAGUGGUCCCGGUAUAGCAGUCUUGGACGGUGUCAUGUAUGUUAUUGGUGGUUUUGAUGGAUUAGUGAAUCUUAAAAGUGCUGAAAUCUAUAGACCCGAUGAUGAAGUUUGGACUUCUAUUUCUGAUAUGCAUGUGCCUCGACGUUGGCCAGUUGUCGUCACAUUAGAUGGUUUAUUGUAUGUCAUCGGUGGAGAUAGUGAAGAAAUUAUUGAACCUAUUGUUCAAACUGUAGAAAUUUAUGACCCUCGUACCAAUACUUGGACGAUGGACAAAAUGUCAAGCCCUGGCUUACACAUUUUUGGUGGUGUUGCCGUUGAUAGACCACCACAUGUUAUAACUAAUGAGAAUACAAUAUAAUGGUCUCAUUGUUGGUCAUUAUGAUGUACACAGAAUUAUGUGCAAUUUAUUGUGAAAUGUAUACUCAGGGCAGUUUGUUCUUUUACCUAAAUAUAUAAUGUAUUACAAA